CCUUAGUUCUGGUUCAGCUCCGUAACCAGUCGCAACAUUCGAUCGUCGUGAAAUUAGUUACAUCAGUUAUCAGCCAUGAAGUUUUACCUGUUGGUGAUUGCAGCCCUCUCGUUUUUGGCCUACAUCAGUUGUGGCAUGACUCAAUCGAAACGCUCCGUUCCACUCGCUCAAUUUGCAGAUGGAUGCAUCCAGUGCAAUUCGAAGGACAACGAACGCUGCGCCACAGAUCCAUUGAGCCUGCUCAAUCGCAACUGUUCCGAUGGAUCCUCCAACUGCUAUUCCCGCGUCCUGGAUGGCUACACAAUUCGCGGCUGUGCCGUCGAUCUGGACAACGCCACGCGUAAUUCGUGCAACAACGAGCUACUGUGCCAGCUGUGCACCUACAGCGAGGGAUGCAAUCGAAACACCUUCCCGUUGAGCCGCCUCAUGUGCCUACAGUGCACAGGGAACUCGACCUCGUCGUCCUGCGCCACAGAGACCUAUGUAUCGGCCAAGAUCUGCCCGCUGUACAAGUUCGGCGACAAGUGCUACAUUCGCAAUAGCAAUCGCACCGUGGACGGAUCCUUCCAGCGCGGCUGUCUCACCUCGGCGAAUGCCAGGAAGCAGUGCGUCAAGGAUGGCAACUGUUAUACGUGCGAGGGACGCGGCUGCAACUUUCUGCUGGCCAAUGAUACCAACAUUCCGCUGGCACGCGACAGCGGUGCCCAGUUGAUCAUCUCCAUGACGCUGCUGAUCAGCGGUCUUGUCGCCGCCUGGAGACUCUAAGAUGUAACGACGGCCAGAGUCGAAUGAUGGACGAAAGUCAAUCAUGCCACAGACCCAGUUCUUUUAGAAAUUCCCGUCUUAUUAUUUUCUACAUUCUAAAACAUCAUUAUACAUACAUACAUACACUGGGAUGUUACAUUUAUACUCGUUUAUUUCAUUACUUUGAACAAAACGUUAAUAAAGAUAACUAAACUAAAGAAGAC